AAAGACCAAGAAAGACUGUUCCUUUAACCAGCCUUUUUUAUUUUAUUAUGGUUAAUCUUGAUGAGUAGAUAUGUGAAAAGUUCCCUUUUUUACUCUUAAAGCCAUAUUUUGGAACAUUCUGGAACAUUUACAGAUCAGCAGGCACAGCUAAAGAGACUGGACCCUCUCUCUGUACUGGUUGACCCUCAGGUCUGUGGAGGAUGUGGCUGCUGUUAGUCUGUGUGUUGUGUUGUGUGCUGCUUCUGGGAUCCGCUUUAUUCAUCAGAAGAAAGCUAUGGAGUGACAGUGUGUUCUCUGAGGAGUGUUUAAGGCCUCCAGCUCCACUUGUGAUGGACCAAAAGCAGAGAGAUGAGGUUCUGAAGCAAGGUUUCCGUAGAGACCGUGUUCCUGCAGAUCUGGAUGCUGUGGUGGUGGGCAGUGGUAUCGGGGGUCUGACAGUAGCUGCAGUUUUGGCUAAAGCUGGGAAGAAGGUGCUGGUGCUGGAGCAGCAUGACCAGGCUGGAGGAUGCUGCCACACCUUCCAAAAGCAAGGCUUUGAGUUUGACGUAGGUAUCCACUACUUGGGUCAGCUUCAUGAGAACAGUCUGCUGCGGGUGGUCCUGGAGCAGAUCACUGAGGGUCAGCUGCAGUUCGCCCCGCUGGAGCAACACUUUGACACCGUUCUGUUGGGUCGUGGUUCGGAACGUAAGACAUUCCAUAUUCACUCUGGAAAACAGGAGAUGAGAGACAACCUGAAGAGACAGUUCCCUGAUGAUGCACACGCUGUGGACCAGCUGAUGAGCCUGAUGAAGGAAUCUUCUAAACACACUCCUCUGCUGGCGAGUCUGAAGAUGAUGCCCCUCUGGCUGGUGAGGGCUCUGAUAAAGCUGAAGCUGCUGGGUCUUAUCUCACGCAUAUUCAGCCUCGCCUCCACCAGCCACUCUGACAUGAUGUCCAAACUGACCCGGAAUAAAGACCUGAUGGCCCUCUCUUCCUACUUAUUCUAUGGAGUGCCCCCUAAAGACUCCAGCUUUCUCAUUAAUGCUCUUCUUCUGCAUCACUAUAAACGAGGGGCAUAUUACCCUCGAGGAGGGGCCAGUGAGUUCGCCUUCCACAUCAUACCGGUCAUCCGGAAGGCAGGGGGCGCUGUUCUGGUACGAGCUCCGGUUCAGCGUGUCCUGGUUAAUGCAGAGGGCAGUGCUUAUGGUGUGACUGUGAGGAAGGGUCAGGAGGAACUGGAGGUGCUGGCUCCUGUGGUGAUCUCAGACGCAGGAAUCUUUAACACUUUUCAGAAGUUUUUACCCAAAGAAAUACAAACUAAAUCAGAGAUCCAGUCGUGGCUGGGUUUGGUCCGGCAUGGAAUGGGCUCCUUCCUGGUGUUUGUGGGUCUGGAUGGAAGUAAAGAAGAGCUUGGCAUCGUUUCCACCAACUUCUGGAUGUACAAGAACAACGACAUGGACCAGCUGAUGGAGCAAUACAGUUCUCUGAGUCGAGAGGAAGUGGUCGGCAACAUCCCCAUGAUGUUCAUCACAUUCCCCUCAGCUAAAGACCCAACUUCCAGCAUCCGUCACCCAGGGAAGUCCUGUAUGACCCUGCUGACCAUGGCCAGGUUUGAGUGGUUUGAGGAGUGGAAGGACUCACAGACCAGCAGGAGAGGACCUGACUAUGAGGAUCUGAAGAUGAGCAUGGCCAAAGAGCUGCUGGACUGGGCUUUAGAAAUCUUCCCCCAGCUCCACGACAAAGUAGUGUUUAUGGACGCUGCGACUCCUCUCUCCAACAUGCACUAUCUUGGUUCACCGUGUGGAGAAAUGUACGGAGCAGAGCACAACUUGGCUCGCUUCAGCCCGGAGGUUGUGGCCAAAAUACGCCCUGAAACACCUGUAAAGGGACUUUACCUCACAGGUCAGGAUGUGUUCUGUAACGGGAUGGCUGGAGCUCUACAUGGCGGUCUGCUCUGCGCCUCGGCUCUCCUCAGCCCUAGAGUCUAUGUGGACCUUCUGCAACUGAAGAAGAAACUGAAGCAGAAGAAGAACAGGAAACAGGCAUGAACCUCGGACUGUAGAGACUGAAUUUUCAGUCAAAAAUAAAAGGAAAAUAUUAAAUAAAGGAUUUUAUAACAA